UUUUGACACUGAAGUGUCUCGUUAUUAGUAAAAGAAAACUUGCUAUGUUUGCUUAAUUAAAGAAAAAUUGCGGCUAAACUGAAAAUAAAUCAUAAAAAAAUAUUAAAAUAUUGUAUAUAACUUGACCGCAAAUAGUUUUCAAGUGAAAAACAGUGAAGAAAAGUUCAAUUAAUAUCUUAUUUUUGAGAAAUAUAGAAGCGCGUCAGAAGUAGAAGAACAGUGUUACAAACUCUAAUGAAACAAAAAACAUACAGCAACUGGAUUUAUUUUUCCUUAGCGAUUGGGAGUCAUCACAAAUUCCACGAGGAUGUUGUGCAGGCGAAAUUAGAACAGGCUGUGGAAGCAGGAGCCGUUAUCAAAGUCUACAAUAAAGGACUUCAUUCUUACAAGUCUCCAUCGACAUUAGCUCAUAAGAAAGUCAUAAAAAUCGAUGGAAAUUCAGACAUUUCCCGUUUAGUCACGAAGGCUGUCCGAGUGUUAGGCGAGUGCGAUGGCUCAGCAUCAAAAAGCAUCGAGAAUUUCGUUCAAAAAGCCAAUAAUCUUCAAAUCACUGACGGAUCUGAUUUCAAAGUUAUUGUAAAGAAAGCUUUGAAGUUUGCUGUCGCCAAAAAAAUGCUUCUUUGUGAUGGUAAACUGUACAAAAUUGGACCAAAUGCUCCAACAACAGCAACAGUACCUCGAAGAAAACGAACAUCAAAAGGAACACCUUCUCCUAGAAAGCGAAAGUCUGAUAACAAUAAUAUUGAUACAACACUUGAAGACUUUGAUGAAAGUGAUGAUAGUGCUGAUGAUGCGAUGGAGACAUCAGAUGAAAAAUUAGUAAAACCAAAGGUUGAAGUCAAUCGACAAACUGCCAUUUGUGCAAAAUGUCUUGGAACUGAUUUGAAGAAUCCUCAACAUUUAGCUGAGAAACUAUCUGCAUGUUGUGGUUGUAAUGAUUCUCAUCUUCACUCAUCUUGCGCAAUCAAUGAAAGCAAAUCAAAAGUUCAAAUUAAUCUCGUGAAUUUUGUGAAUAGUGGCAACAAGUGGUUUUGCUCAGAAUGUCGUAAUUGUGAUGGAUGUAAGUCAGUGGAUAAAGAGCCAUGUUUAAUAAGUUGCAAUGAUUGCCAUAAAAAUUUUCAUCUCACCUGUGUUACAUCACCAAUUGAUAAAAAAUCGAAAAGUCUUUGGAAAUGUUCCAAAUGUUUAACAAGAAAGGUGAAAACAGAACGUGAAGAUGAAUCAUCAUCAACAUUGCAUGUGAAAACACCAAAAAAUUCCCGUAAAACAGAUGAUUCAUUUAUGAAAGAUUCCGAGCCAUCAACAUCAAAAUCAGCUCUUCAUUCCGUCGAUAAUAAAAAGAAGAAAAAAUCCAUAUUACCAUCAAUCCUUUCAUCACUUGACAGCAUUCAAACACCUCCAAAGCCCCACAAAAAUCCUGUUGGUCGUCCAAGAAUUCAUCCUGUCAAGACACCGACAAUAUCAUCAGCAGUAUCAUCAGCCGCUUCAACAUCACGUCCUCAUAAACAACAUCCAGUAACGACGGCCAUCGUUCAAGAGAGUGAUGCAAGCGAUAACAACGAUGAUGACGAUCACGAUGUACCCGGGAAGAAGAGCAAGAAAAAGACAUUGUUGUUGGUAGCUCAGCCUAAUUCUGGAAAGAAAGUUGUUAAGUCAUUAAAAUCAACAAGAACAAAAGUUAGUAAAGUUAAGGAGAAAGAAAAAGAAAAGACAUCGACAUCGAAACGUUUAUCAUCAGAUUCAGAUUCAUGUUGUACAAGUGGUGACGACGAUGAAAGUGGAAGGUCCAGUGAUACCUCAAUGUCAUCAAGUGGUGGUUCAUCAUCAUCAUCGUCAUCGUCAUCAUCUGGUUCUAGUGGUGGUUCAUCAUCAUGUGCUACUGGUACUGGUAUUGGUAAAAGUCAACAGAAAUCAUCGUCGGUAACAUCAACAUUUCUAAAUGGUGCUAAAUAUGGACAUGAUGAUGAUGAUCGACCAGUGAAAGAAUCAUCCAUGACGAAAUCGACUACUGGUGGUGGACUGGUUGCUACACUUGAUAAUUCUGAAUCAUCAUCAUCUAAAUAUUCACAACAACCGCCAUACAACAAUCAUCAACAUAAUACAAAUUAUCAGUCUUCUGAUAUGGAAAAACCUUCACUUCCACCUGGUGUACUUCAAAAAGAUGCAGAUCUUUAUAAAGAAGUGAGAGAAAAGGCAGCUAAACAAUUAGCAUCAAUCACAAAACCAAACUUGGCAAGCUCACCACUUAAGUUGAGUCCAUCAACAUCACAAUUAGUUGAGCAGGAACGUUGUCCAGCUGCAAUUGAAUUUGGAAAACAUGAAAUUAAAACAUGGUAUUCAAGCCCCUUCCCUCAAGAGUAUGCGAGACUACCAAAGCUCUUUCUAUGUGAAUUUUGUUUAAAAUAUACGAAAAGCAAGUUGGUUCUCGAUAGACAUUUAAACAAAUGCACAUGGCGUAAUCCACCAGGAACAGAAAUUUAUCGAUGUGGUGAAAUCUCCGUAUUUGAAGUUGAUGGAAAUGCCAACAAAAUUUAUUGUCAAAACUUAUGUUUGCUAGCAAAACUCUUUCUCGAUCAUAAAACAUUAUAUUAUGAUGUUGAGCCAUUCUUGUUUUACGUUCUUGCUAAGAGUGAUCGCAAAGGUUAUCAUCUGGUUGGAUAUUUCUCAAAAGAAAAGCAUUGUCAGCAAAAGUACAACGUAUCUUGUAUCAUGACAAUGCCAAAUUAUCAACGACAAGGAUUUGGACGAUUUCUGAUUGAUUUCAGUUAUUUAUUGUCGAGAACUGAAGGAACGCCAGGAACACCUGAAAAGCCAUUGUCAGAUCUUGGUCGUGUUUCUUAUCACGCUUAUUGGAAGUCCGUUGUCAUGGAAUAUCUUCAUGAACAUCGAAAUUCUCUCGUGUCAAUCACUUUAAUAUCCGAAGCAACAGGUUUACAACAUCAAGACAUUGCUCAAGCUUUUCAUCUUCUAGGUUUCUUAAGAAGUCGAAAGAAUGGAGAAGAAAACUUCAGCAUUAUGUUGUGCGUUGACUGGAAUAAAAUUGAUACUUAUAUGGAUCGUGUUAAUAAAUCAAAGACAAGAAUUAAAAUCGAUCCAGAGUGUUUAAGAUGGACACCAUUAUUGAUUAGUUAUCAGCCAAUUGUAAGAGAAUCUGACACCGAAAGUCAACUUAAUGAAUCAACACUCAGCAAUUCAGACAUCCAACAACAAGCGGAAAAGAAAAUUUCUGUUGUUGAAGCACUCCAAAGUUCAAAUAUCAGUGAAGUUCGUGUGAUAAAACGACGUCGAAAGAAUGCUGCUGCACUUAAGCAAGCAAUUUUGAAGGAACGUCUCGAAAAUAUUGAGAAAGCUCAAGCUGAAGCUGAUUUUUCACUUCAUCAACAACAGCGUGAAAGUACGCCAAUCAGUGAAAGUGUACAAUCAACAAUAACGCCAAAGUCAUCGUCCAAAAUAGAUUCGAAAUUGCCAUUAGAUGAAACUCCUUUGUUAUCAACUGGAAGGAGAAAAAUUCGUCCAAGUCGAUUUAAUGAAACAAUUUUCGAAGAAUUGAAGUCACCAUCACCAGUUGAAGAGUUUGUUAUUGAUUUGCAACCAGCAAAACGUGGACGUAAACGAAAGCAAAUGCAAACACUUGAUGAAACACCAGAGACAGCUUCUUUGUCAACAACAUCGAUUCUUGAUGAUACGCCAAUUGGUAAACGAAGAAAAUUAACUAGAUUGAGAAUUCUUGAUGAUUCUGAAACUCCACCACCACUUGACACUGACAUGAUAUCAAUUAUCGACACACCAAAAAGAUCCCCAAAGAAACGAAUAAUAGAAAAUUCAAGUGUCGAGUCAGAUUCAAUUUCAGAAGACAUUCCAACACGAACAAAGAGAACCAGUCGACAUGUGAAAUCAUUAAGAUCGAAUCUAACAUCACCUGAGCCAAAUGAUGACUUUUCCCUUCCACGAUCACCGACACCAACAAGACGAAGUGGACGUCACUUGCUUGUCGACCAAAUUUUAUCUGAUGAUAGUUCAUCAAAAGCAAGCGAAAGUCCUAAACAAAAACCUAAUCUUUUAAAGAAAAUGAUGCAAGUUAAUACGAAAAAGUUGUUGACAGUUGAAACAUUGAAAGCUUCAUCAUCGACAGCAACUGCAACGACGACAUCGAAUGCAAUAGUAAGCCGAAGGGGAAGAAAAAAGAAGAUUGCUAAGAAGCCUGAUAAGAGUAGUGGAUUAAGUAGCGAUGAUCAAAGUACUGGACAAAAGAAACAAAGAACUUUAAUGGAAAUGUUUAAACCAAAAGUAAAUGAAAAGAUUGUUGAAGAAUCGACAAAAGAAACGACGAUCGAAAAGGCAACAAAAGAAACUUCAAAUUCAAGAAAAUCUCUCGAUGAAUCUCAGAAAGAUGUCCCUGAAAAACGAGUAAAAUCGCCAUCGAAGCAAAUUGAAAAACGUAUAUCAACGAAUGAAAUUCUACAUGCAACGUCAUCACCACUGAAACGAAAAUCGGCUGAAGAGAAGCAAAAGCCAUCGAUAGAAACAAAAGAGAAAAUAAAUUUCAAACACAAACCAUUGCAAUUGAGUGAAUCUUCAUCAUCUGAAUCAUCCUUUGAAGCUGAUGAUGAGAUGGAAGAUGAGAAACGUUCAAAGCUUCCAAUUGUUGUUCCACCAAAGAAAGAUGAGACAAUAAAAUCAAAAUUUGGUAAGCAUCGAAGUAAACGACCAUCAAGUGACGACACAGUCAAAUCAGCACCUGAGAAGCAUGAAACAACACGAAAAGAGCCUGAAUUUAGAGAAUCACCUUCGAAGAAGAAUCGAGGAAAGCCAGGACGCCCUGUAAGCAUCGAUUCAUCAUUGAUAGAGAAGGAGAAACAUAGAUUAUCAAUUGAAGAGCAAAUAAAGAAAGACAAAGCAAUCAUGAGAUGUGCUGUGAAAAUCGAAAAGUUGCCAAUCAAUUACAGAAAGUCUGUUGAUGUUAGUGAAAAAGAUGAUGGCGAUGAGAAGAAAAAGGAAACGACGAUAACGAAAGAAAUUUCAACUUCAAAUAUCAGCAACAAUAAAACAAUUUCACAAACGCCAAGUACAAGUUCAUCACCAUCGAAAUCAACUUCAAACUCACAACAACCACCACCAAAAGAAGUGAAAAACUAUCAAGAAGCUAAAAUAUCAUCGAAAAAGCAUAUUUUACUGGAAAGUGCUAAUAACAAUAAACAUAAAUCGCCAUCAAUGCCAUCAGCAUCAAGUUCAAUCAUUCAUGAGAAGAAACAACACGAAUCAGAUGAGAGGAAGAAUAACGAAGUUGUGAUGAAGUCAACUGAAUUGUCAUCACCAUUAAAGAAGAAACAAGAAAUUUUACCACCAAUGGUGCAACUUCCAGAUCAUGUGAAGAUUCCUGAUUUACUUUCAUCAACAGAGAAAACAGUUGAAAAACAACCAGCAACUGUUCCUGUGAAGAAAUCAUUCAAACGUAAUCAAUCAUUGACUGACAUUAAGAAUGAUUCGAAAAUUGAACAAAUUUCUGUGAUUACAGGAAGGAAAUCAGUUGAAAAUCUGACAAUGCUUCCAGAAAUGUCACGUGAGUCGUCGUCACCAUCGAAAAAGAUUGAAACAAAAGAUGUCGAUAAGAAUAAAAGUUUAACAAAUGAACAACUUCCAAUUGUUGAUCAUCGAAAAUCUUCGGAAAUUCCACAAAGUGUAUUAAAAAUGAAUGAUACGACAACAUCAUCAACAACAUCGACAACAACAAAGAUUCGCGACGAAACAAUUCGACCAAAUGUGAUUGUUGAUACAAAACAGAAUAAACAUGAAAGUGAAAUGAAAUCAUCAAAUAGUGAUUCAAAUUCUUCUGGAAGUAAAUCGAAGAGUGAGAAAGUUGAUGAGAUGAAAAAAGUGAUGGAAAGAUUUGAACCUGAGAGACGUGAAUCAAGUCAUAGUGAGAAGAGUGUCAUCAAACAUAAGAGUGAAAUGAUUGAGAAGUUGGAAGAGAAGAGAAAGAAUGAAGUUGAUACAAAAAACGAUCAAGUGUCAAACAUUCAAGAACCUUUGAAUGAACUACAACAAACGUCUGAGUCAUCAUCGAAAUUAGAUGACGAGAUGAGUUCAACAGAUGUCAAAGAGAGUACUUCUGAUCAAAAAUCUUCUUCCGAUGUAUCAAAAGUGUCGACAGAAACAAAAAGAAAAGAUUCAAGAGACAAAAUUCCGAGUGUCUUAAUUGACAGCUUAAAAAGUGUCAAAAGAACAUCAACUGAAGAUCGUUUAACAACAACAGCAACAAGUCAAAGUUCUUCAUUUUCUUCCACUUCAACAUCAUUAGCAUUUACAACGACGACGACGUCAGUUUCAAGUCUAACGACAAGUGAACAUAUUUCAUCAUCGAAUGUUCACCAGACAACAAAAAAGUCUGAAACAACCGCCACGACAUCGUCAUCAUCGAAGAAAGAAAAAUCAAGUAAUCAAAGUAUUACACAAAGUGGUUCAAAAAACUCAUUCAACGAUUCAUCGAAGCUUCAUCACGAAUCUUCAACAAAUAGUAAACAACAAGCUCAAUAUCAUUCACAAUCAACAGUUGGAGGUUUAACUGGAUCUGGAUCAUCGAUUAACAAUAACUUGUCUGGAUUAUCAACAUCUGGAAGCAAUUCUUCUGUCUCUGGCUUAAGCAAUGCCACGUCAAAUCAAUUAUCCUCAACAAAUGUGUCAAAAAAUGAUAAAAAUCAAUCAUCAAAUUCAAAGCAUACAACAGCAGCAAUUGACAUUCACAAUAAAAUUCAAUAUCCUUCGAUGAAUCAGUUCGCAAAUUAUUCGUCACAUAAUCCAUAUUGGCCAACAAUGGAACCUUCUUCUAAAGAGAAGAAGAGUGAUAAACGUGCUGACAAACAUAAAACAAAAGUUAACGAUGAAUCGAAGAUUUCAGCAGCACGUGAACAACAAUUUCAAUUGCAAUAUGAUCCAAAUAGUUGUGCAGCUGUCAAGCAACAACAGCAGCAGCAACAACAAACAAAUAAUUACAAUUCGCAGCAAAAAUCAUCAACAGUCAAACAAAAUCAUAGUAAAAGUGAGAAAAUCACUGACAAUAGUUGCAUGUUAAGCAGUUCAAAGGCUUCUGUUCCAUCAGCAAAUCCAAAUUGUCAUAUGAAUAUUCAACAGCAACAACAACUUCAGCAACAACAACAUCAUCAACAACAAAUGACAAAGAAUAGUUUAAACAAUUCGAUUAUGACGACAUCGUUGAAUAAAAAUUAUGUGACGGAAGAUUUGCAACAUCAACAACAGCAACAUAUUGAUGCGACAAUGAUAAGUCAUCAGCAGACGCCACCAUCAUCAUCUGGCGAUAUUCAAUCGAUGGGUGUUUACACUCCAGAUUCAACAACAAAUUCUGUCAAUAGUUUACAUCAUUAUAGUCAAUGUGAGCUUGAUGUUAAUCAAUUGGAACUGGAAUCACCUGCAAGUAUAGCAAGUGACAUGGCAUCACAAAAUUCUGUUGAGAGUAUUCGACCACCGAGUGUUCUUCCACAACAAAUGAAUCAAUACAGCGAUUGUUCAAUGCAGCAACAACCUCAAGCAAUGCCAACACACAUGAACAUCACAUCAACUCAUGUGCCAGCUUCAAGUCCACAACAUCAAAUUGUUAUCAAUAGUCAAUCCAAUCAAAGCACUUCGCAGACAAUGCAUCAACAAAAUUCGACAUCAAACAAUAGAAAGAUGAGUCAAAUGGGACGUAAUGGUGGUAAUGGUAAUGGAAACGCAAAUGGAAGUAAUAAUGGAUCAGCGAGAUCAUCAACACCGAAGAUAUCAAGAAAUACUGCAACUCCUGGUCUUCAGCAACAACAACAACAACAGCAGCCACGUCAUCGUGUCACACCACCAAUUCAUGCUAAUCAACCAAUGGUGAGUCCUGUUCAGCAACAUCAUCAACAUCAAAACCUCAAUCAACAACAACUUCAACAAUUACAUCUUCAACAAAUGCAACAAGGUUACCAUCAUCAAGGGAUGCAUCAAUCAAACUAUUUACCAGCUCAAAUGGGAAAUUCUGUUGUUAACAACACAAAUUACUCUCAAGCGCAAUCACCAAAUUACGGAAGUUCAGGACAAUCAACUGGUGUCAUUGCCCAACAUCGUUCAAUGCCAAAUGCACACACAAAUAUGCCGAUUCAAAAUUCAUUACCAAGUCCAUCACAAAGAUUAGGACCAUCGCCAUCAUCAUGUGCUGUUUCGUCAUCGAACAACAAUUAUUAUGCCCAUGGAUCACAAACAUCACAUACACCUGGUCCUAUUUCAACACCAACACCAUCGGCAACACCAACACCACAACAAAUGGAUCAACAAAAUGUUAUUUGUCAUCAACAGAAUCAGUUGAAUAUGGGAAAUGUUUCGAGUUUAACGAAGCUACAACAACUGGCGAGUCUCGAUACAAAUCCACAACAACUUUGUCAAACACCGCCAAGUGUUGUUCUAACGCCACCACCACAUUCGCAUGUUUCAAUGAGUCCCGCUCCCCAUUUAUUGAACCAAAAUCGAAGUAUUUCAACGCCACCACAAUCGACACUUGGAUUUCAAUAUAAACUUUAUAGUAAUAUGAAUGUUCCACCUUCAAUUGGUCAAAAUACGGGGCGAAAUGCAAGGACACCAGCACCACCAUCAGUUCAACAUGUGAGUAUGACGGGAGGUCCAGGCAGCCGAGUAAGUCCAAAUGUUACAUCAAUUGGUAGUGCAAUGAUGCAAUAUGGAUAUCGAAUGAGUGGACAACAAGCAUCAAGUUACAUCCCAAAUCCUACUUUCAUAAAUAAUGCAUCUACACAAAUUCCAGUUAUGCAAGCGCAAUAUCAAGAUCCAAGCGCAAUUCAACGAGCGCAACAGAAUUCCAUGUAUUACAAUCCUUACCUUCCACCAUUGAACAGUACUUCAAUGCGAAGAUAG